AACAGCAAGCAAGCAGGGCUAGAGAAACCGGAGAAUGGCGCCGGCCGUGAAGGUGUACGGGUGGGCGAUGUCGCCGUUCGUGGCGCGUGCGCUGCUGUGCCUGGAGGAGGCCGGAGUCGAGUACGAGCUCGUGGCCAUGAACCCCGAGGCCGGCGACCACCUCCGCCCGGACUUCCUCGCCAAGAAUCCCUUCGCCCAGGUGCCCGUCCUCGAGGACGGCGACCUCACCCUCUUCGAGUCGCGCGCGAUCGCGAGGCACGUGCUGCGGAAGUACAAACCGGAGCUGCUGAUAGGCGACGGCUCGCCGGAGGCGGCAGCGAUGGUGGACGUGUGGCUGGAGGUGGAGGCGCAGCAGCACCACGCCCCGACGGACGCCAUCUUGCUGCAGUGCAUCGUCGUCCCGCUCCGCGGCGGCGUGCGCGACCAGGCGGUCGUGGACGAGAACGUUGCCAAGCUGAGGAAGGUGCUGGCGGUGUACGAGGCGCGGCUCUCGGCGUCGAGGUACCUCGCCGGGGAGUCGCUCACCCUCGCCGACCUCAGCCAUUUCCCGAUGAUCCACUACUUCAUGGAGACCGAGUACGCGGCGCUGGUGGAGGAGCUCCCGCAUGUCAAGGCCUGGUGGGAGGAGCUCAAGGCCAGGCCCGCGGCGAGAAGGGUCACCGAGAUCGGAGUUCAGGCCGCCGAACGUUGGACUCAGGAAAAAGGCAGAACAGCAGUGAACUAGUGAUGACAACAAGACUAGCUGGCCGGCGACGGUCACCGGUCGAAGAAGUC